AUAGCAAUGUCAUUAUAAUUUGUAAUUCAAAAUUAUUGUUUGUAUUAUUAAAAUAUAAAUAAGACGACACAAAUGACGCACAAAUAUGCCCCCGAGAAGUUGCGGGUUCGGUGGCAGGAGGAGUACAGAGACCAGGUCCAGGAGCAGCAGGAAUUCAUGCAGGAGCUGCACAAGACACGCAGGAAGGAGGAGCAGCGCAUCUUGCAGGAGAUAAAGAAGUUAGGAGGACCCAAGUGGUUCCAAGCCCUGAGCGGUGGACAAACGACUGCGUUGGACACCUUAGAGAUGGCCAUCCAUCAGGAUCUCCUCGAGGGCCGACCGACGAGGACGGCGGAUGUGAUGAAGAAACUAGCCCUAUACCCCCAACCUAACCACGUAGACCUUUCGAACUGUGUGUACGCGGGAAGGGAAGAUCCCAAGAAAAUGCUCGCUCAUUUGUUUCUGAUCACUUACGGCCACGAAUUUGAGUCCAAACGCCUGGAGUACCCGCUGAACGCGAAGCUCAUGCUGUCGGCUAUUUUAUAUUUGGGCGGCAAAAAUCUAAUAGAGCUGUUGCAGAAAAUGUUCGCUCCCCCAAAGGAGACACCGCCGGUGGUCGAAAAGAAAGCGAGACGGCCACCGAAACAAAAAUCUGCGUCGCCAUAUAUGGAAAAACUGACCGCCCACGUGUACGAGCCGAAGAAAAAAGAUCCAUAUAAACCUCCUCCGCUUCCAAACUUAGAUUUUUUAGAUGACCUAAUCGAGGAUGAACCUCCGACGAAGCUCUAUCAACCUCCUACCGCUCCUACGCUCAAGACUACCCCUCGACCCAAGAAAAAACUAGCGGAAUCAUACUGCGAUCAGCUGGCGGGAAUCAAACGCAUCGAGCCCCAUUCCUCGGUGGUGGCGUCGCAGGAGACCGUCGUUUCGCAACCCAAGAAAGUCAAGAAACGAUCAAAAUUUCAGUUGAGUGACGUGAACAAAUCUUACGGCACGGACACGCACACGACCUGGAGAAAAAGAUCCCCGGUGCGGAAACCGACUGCACCGACUUCCGAAAUACAGAACGUGCACUUCGCGAUAACCGGCGUCUUCACACUCAACGGCAAGUCGCACUACGUGCUCGGAGGCGUGUGCGUCACGCCACCGGAGGGAGUCAUGAUACACGGGGGCUUCGUGUGCGUGGACGGCGUGAUGGUGAACCUGCACUGCGGUUUCCGAGCGCAGCCACCUCCCCAGAAGACCCAUAAAUGCGACUGCGUCGAGAGGUGGCAGGACGUCGCGCUGGACUACGUCAAACGGACCAAGUGUCGCUGCGGUCACUUCUACGAUUACGGCAACGACGGAACGUUCCCGCCCUCGGAGCUUCCGUACUUCGAAGCGCCGACGAAGCACCUCCCGCACCGGUUCAACUACGACACGAUUUUUGACUUGGACGAAAAGCACCUGCACGUACGAAAGGAGUUCAAACGGUUCUGGGAGACGGACAGCCUCGUGCACAUCGGGGACGCGGCAGCGAAGACGGAUAAAAAAAAGAAGAAGAUCAGACGAUCAUCGAAGUCAUGUCUGGGUACCGACCCGACUCCCUCGGACUACCUGAUAUGUGCGUUGAAACACCUACGAAAAGAGAACAUCGCCGCGAAAUUACCUGACGUACACCUCGUCCCGGAGCUCAAGGAGUGGAUGCGUCACAGAAUACACGGGCCGCUAACACGAAAGCAGAAGGAGCGGAUGCUGAAGAAGAAGAGCGCUACGUUUUGGCAGACUCUGCUGAGGCUCUCUAAAAAGGGGUACGGGCACGUGUAUCCGCCGAAAGAGCCGGCCUUUACCGGCCAGAGCGACUGGAACCACAAGCAGGCAAUGAUCGAGAAGUUCCGUAAAUACACCUUCCAGUAUAGACUGGAGUUGUACCGAUCGUACGCCAACGUGACGAACAUGAUGUGGCCGACGAUGUUCCAAGCGGAGUUUCCCGACAAGAGUUUCCGCCAGAUCUACUAUUCGUAUCUGUUCGCUCGUUUGGAAGACUUUCACCUUAUACACCCCUACAGCACGAGGGAGACUAUGGAGAGAACAGAAAUACUGCGGAGCAAACGGUACAGGUGUCCGCUGUCCAUUGAAUAAAAACCUCCUCGCGCCCUCGUAUUCCUCGUACCAAUUUUCUUAUUUUGUAGAUCAACAUAAAUUAAAAAUAAUAUAUACCUGGCCCGUACGAUAAUCUCAGCAAUACUUGA